CACUUCUUCUGCUAUAGUCUAAUGAUAGUUCUGCAAACCAGAAACCUGUGAAUGGAUCACCAUGGAAGAAGGAGGUAAGGAACAGAGCGAGCCAUCUGAAAAUGGCAAGUCUUUGGAUCCUGUCAACAAAGAAGUGGAAUGUCCAAACUCAAGCGAAUCCCACAGGGUGUCUGCAGAGGCCAAAGCAGAUGCCUCCAGAGGUGAAACGUCACAGGACGCAGCAGAGACCGGCAGUAGUAAUAAUGAGGUUGAAAGAGAAGGACAGGUUGAACCGAUGGAAUCCUCUGAAGCAUCUGAUCAGCAGCCUGACACAAAGGACACCAAUGAUCCUGAAGGAGAUGUAGUCACGACCCCUGUAACAGCUUGUUCUAAGGAGGCUGACAUGGAGGAGCAUGUUGCCAGUCCUGCAAGGGAGCAAAGCGAAACACACAGUGCUCACUCGUCACAUGAAAAACCCUGUAGUAUAGGUGAAAAUGACCAAUGUGAAGAAAUAGCGAUGUCAAAGGCUACUGUCUUCAGCAGUAGCCCUAGCAAGGGAAAGGAGAGUGUGAGCGUGAGAGUUCUUGAUGACCAAGCACUGGAUAGCCAACCGUCAACGCCUCCAGAAAAGGGUCGAUCAGAAAUAUUUGACGAGUCCAUGUUGACUGAAUCUCCAGCAUACAGUGAGGACGGCAGGCUUGUGAUUGGUACUCCAAGGUCUCCGGAAUCUCCUGGGGAUGAAGCCGUUCCUGGACCGGGGUUCGAAGUGGACAGGACCAGGCAUCCUGCAGAUGUGGGUUGCGAGGUGGAGAUUGCAGGGGACUUCUUGCCAUUAGACUCUUUCCCUUCUACCAGUCAGCACACCCCUUCCACCAGUCAGCACACCCCUUCCACCAGUCAGUAUACCCCUUCCACCAGCUUCUGUGAGAACCCAGAGACAGAAACUGACUUGUCCCUGAACCAGACUCCUCCUAGAACUGGUCCUAAGUCCAUCAGAUCAAAGAAGCGGAAGAGAAAAAGACUUGUUCUGGCCAGGAAGAAGCAACGGAAGGUGAUGCCGGUGAGGAGAGUGGUCCAAGAGGAGGACAACCUUGUUCAAGCCAUCGACCAAGCCCUGGACCUUGAUGAUGACCUGGAAAGGAAACUGGAGGAAAAUGCAGCAAAGAAUAACCUAACAGCCAUCAAUGUGAAAAGCAUUUUACAUCAUGUGAUAACCAACGAACACGUUUUGUCAAUGGUGAGGAAUACGAUGACUGAUGCUGGGCUGGUCGAGAUAGAACGAGAACCAGCGGCUUAUACACCCAAACUGACAAGGGCCAAGUUAAAGGAAGCAACAGAAAAGGUUGGAAAUAUGCCAUACGUGUGGCCACUGUCUCCAGUCAAGAAUAAGAAAGCAACGCCAGGAUUCAUCGAGAUCAACUUCUCAGACGAUACAUCAUCGGAUGACGAGGAUUAUGAACCAACUCUGGACGAGCUCAUGAGAGAGGAAAGCGACUAUGAAAGUGUCACAUCCCAAAUGAGCGACUUUGGUUCCCCUUGUGCCAGCACCCCUCCCCGAUCAGUCCAACCCAGCAUCACGGAGAGCGAGAUGGAGGGCAGCCCCGCCCCUGAAUCUGCCCCCGCCACAGACACCCCCAAGACCAGCCACAGGCCGGUAGCAAGGCACCUGCAGGUGGUUCCUGUACCCAUGGGGCCACCCCCUCCUCCCCUCAACCCUGAUAGGCUCGGGGACGAUGAUGCUUUCCUGAGAGAGCUGGCUGCCGUCACGAAAGAGGAGGCCAACAUCAUAGCCCAUCGCACCCGGUCAAAGCUGACCAUUGACAAACCCCUGGAGGCCAUAGAAGCGUCCUUCAUCGCUCCUGAUGCUGAACAUGAUAUGUAUGAUGUGUACGAGUCCGACCAUGAGGAUAUCGAAUGGAAGAAGUGGCUUUCGUCACUCUACAGGACAGAAGACACUACCCACACAGAACCCACGGAUGAUGAACAGAAUGACCCGGAAUACAACUUCCUAGCAGAAGAGGAACCCGUAGACAAGGAAGACUUCAGGACAGACAGAGCUGUGCGUGUGAGCAAGAAAGAGCUGAAUGGGCUUCUGGAUGAGGUGGUUGAGGCUUAUGGUGAUGAUGUGGACUGGCUAGAUGACUUUGACAUGGGCAUAUUCGACCAGAACCCUCAAUCCUCCCUCCUGGGUUCCUUGAUGCAGCAGAAGCAGAAGUUCUCCCCUUCCAAGUUCUACACCAUGCCGUCUUCCUUCUCCGGGAAGCCUUCCACCUCCUCCCCUUCCGGGGCGUCCACGUCGUCAAAGUUUCGGCUUGGGGAAGUGCUUUCCUCUAUCAUGGCUGCAGCGUUGUCAGCUGAUACAACACCUGCUGCGGAAACACCUGCAGCAACAACGGUGGUUGAGGCAACAAUGGCAACUUCAGCAACAGAGACAACAGCAAUGGUAACAGAGGCAACGGUAUUGUCAGCAUCAACGGCUAUGGUCACAGAAGUAACUUUCCCUUUAAAAUCAGAAGCAGUGACUACUGUGGCAACUGGACAACCUCAGCCACAGCCUCCACCACAACAACCACAAGCACAACCACUACAGCAAACGCAACCAUCUGUGGCAGCGCCGACAGUUCCUCCAGUAGUUCAACAGCAGGUUCCUGAGGUUAGCGUCCGGCAGGCUCCCCCUGUAGCAUGGACCAUCGAGGCCAAGACACUGCCUUCAUUGACCCUGAAUGGAGAAGAGCUCCAACAGUUUCAACAGCAGUUACAACAGCAUACACAGUUGUUAUGUCAGAUGUUCCUGAUGGCAAGGGAAAACGACACGCUUACAGAUUGCGCAAACCAGUCGAAACAGUACUUGGCUGAGCUGGACCUACUUGCUGGUGUGAAUGAAGAUGGGAUGAGGAGCCAAGGGAAUGUGGACCAGAGACAAGCCCAGUUCCAGUCCUUCUUCAGAUCCUGUAACUUGGGCGGGGCUCUGGAGUUGCUUAAGACGCCCAAACUGCCAAUCAUAGAAGAAGAGGAGGAGUUUAGAGAGAAAAAAGCGGUGACGAGAUCGAAGCCCCCACCAUUCCGGAUAGAACUGGGCGACAUGAUGGCCCAUAGCAAGGUCUUCAUCCAUGCCGAGCUCCUACCCAAAAACAUGUUUCACGACAUCUCCAGAAGUUCCAAAAUCAUUUUUGUGGAGGGCGAAGACAAAUUGGUGACGAGGGGCCUCCAUCAGUUUGGCAAGUUUGAAAACGGAUUUCACCUGAUCCAGAGUCUGAUGAUGCCCUGUAAGACAUCCUCUCAGAUCAGGAACCGCAUUAAGAACCUCCUCUGCCAUCGCAAAUGUAAGGUGGACGUCAACAAUCCCAUCGUGAUCUACAAGAGCACUAAGCAGCUGGUUCAUUCACCGUCCAUGUGUGCUGUAGUGAGACCCCAUCAAGCCACUGCCCCUGUCAACAUACGAAACAACAAGAAGCUACCAAAAUGGGUUCUCAACAUACAGGGUGGACAACCUCAUAUCAAGGACUGCUUCCUCGAGUCUGAGCAAGAGAGGGGAAUGAGGCGUGUGCAGACUCUCUCUCCGCUCAAGCCAAAGCUCCACAUCCCGUAUCAGACACCUGCCCAAGACCAGGUCCAGGUUCCAGUCCAAGAUGGUGGUCCAGUCAUCGGUCAGUUUCACCCGGGGGCCACGCCCCAUUAUAUCCUAGCAUCUAAUGUUGGGCUUACCGCAGGAGGACUGAUAUUGCAGCCUGGGCAACAGAUCAUUCCACCAGGUCUCCUUCCCAGGACUGUCUGUGAAGUGAAGUACGUGAUAGACAGCCCCCAGAUGUCGGCCAUUGCUGCAGGAAACGCACCACCUGCAGAGGGUCUACCAAGCGUGCCACAAUCUUCUACUGGGGCAGAAUCUGUGGCUUCGCCUGCAACUCAAAGUGUAGCAAGUUCCUAUGCAAAUCCUGUGCUUAAUCUUCCACCGAGCAGUACUGUGUCACUUGCUGCCCAGAUGGCAAGGGCUGCCACAAAUGUAACAUCCUCCAUUGCCCCCCAGAUGGAGAUGGAUAACAUUACAGAAACUACAUCACAUUCUGUAGUAAGAACUCUUCAGUUCUCUGAUUUUCAUGCAUCCACAGCACAGACAGCGCUGGAGAAAAUCAAUGCAGAGUCUUAUCAGACAAAUGGAAGUGAAAGAAUUGCAAUGCCAUUGCCCGAUACUCAAGCAGAAAUUGCUCUGCAUACAACUCAAGAAGCUUUGAACCAAAGUGCAGAAAGAACAGCACAGGCUGAGGCAGCUCUAUCAGUGUUCUCUAGUAAGAGGAGGACUUCUUUAGUACCUCUUGGAGUUGGGCCAAGGAAUACUGUGAGGGAAUUGAUUAUGAAAAAGAGAAAUAAGAAGCUGUCCCCUAGGCGCAGGCUUGGUGGAUUUGUGAGCAUGUCGUCUCUCGCCUCAAAGGGCAUGUCCUCCUUGAAUAAGUUUAAGCUAGGCACUGCAAGGAAUAGUCCUGAGAGGCUACGUUUGCGAAGUCCCAAUGCCAAACAAUCACCCGGUAAGAUGACAGUGAGAAGGGAUGGUGAUAAGGAACGUUCACCUGAUUCUGCGAAAGCUAAUCAAGGGUUGGCAGAAUCAGGUGAAAGCAUCAUGACCCAAAAUGCCACAGGGGAGAGAAGGACAAGUGAUACAGACGAGGAUUGUAUUCCUCUGGAGGCUGCCUUGAGGCAGUUAGAUGAGGAGGAAGAGACCAUGAGGACUGCUAGUCCAAAAGUAAUAGCAGCAGAGAACCUUAUAGCCCUUCGUUGUGACGAGAGCCUAUCUGAUAUUGAUGCUUCUUCGAAAGUACAAAAGGAAGUCCAAUCUAUUCCUGUAUCCACUGCUCUCACUGCUAGUCCCGAAAUGGGUCCAAGUCCAAGUACCAAACACUCUCCCUUGCAGAUGACGGUGAGAAUGGACGAUAAGGUAGCAACAGAGGCACAUGUGCCUGUACGACUUGCUAGCUCUGAGCCCAUGCAAGGAAUCACAAUAGGGAGCUCUGUAGGUAGUGCUAGUCAAAUCAUCACUGUAAACCGAGUUCAAAGUCCAACCGUAGAACUCUCCAGGACAGCGUCCCCUGUUGUAGUGGCCCCUCCUGCUAUCCCCGAUGGAGAUACGCCCUCAACGAUACCUAGCUUGCCAGCCGUCCAACAAGAAGACACCACGAGCCAGAUGUCUGAAGGUGCCGCCAGUGCAAACGGCAACCCCAAAUUGCCCUUUGACCUGGCAAUGGACCAAUCAGAGAUGAUGGCGUCCACAGCCACAGGAGGGAAAUCCCCCACCCUAGAUGAGCAGUCUGCGGCGAGGGAAUUCCUGUCUGGAGGAGAGCAGGGCGGUCCCGGGGAGGAUGGAGAAGAAGAGAUGGAGACGGGUAGGAGGAGCAACGUCAAGGUCGCAGCCAAGAGGAUCAAGAGCAAACUGAGGAAAGAUCUGGAGUCGACAGUAGUUCUCCUGGAUCCGGAUAUAGUCAACCAAGACCCAUAUAAAGAAGAGCGUGAGAUGGCAUUUGCCAAGGAUUUUCUAGACAGAGUAAAGGAAGCUUUACAUGACAACUUGGAUCAGUACCGGAAUUUCCUGAGAGUCUUCAAUGAAUAUUCUGAAGAUCCAAACUCGUCCAUUGCAAAUUUGUACUACGCAGUGAAGUAUGUGUUGUCAGAAAGACCUGAUCUGAUAGAAGAAUUCACUGCCUUUAUGCCUCCUGAUGUUGCCCUUCAGUGCGGUGUGUUCUUAGAGUGUCUGGAGUUCUCCAAGGCCAGGCUAUUCCUACGUCAAGUAGAGGUCCACUUCUACAAGCAGCCAGCCCAUAUACAGAGGAUCGUCAAAACCAUGGUACAAUGGGGAGAGACGCAGCGAAACUAUCAAGACUUGAAGGAAGCAUUGAUCCCACUGCUGAAAGGGCAGCCUCAUCUGGAACAGGAGCUAUCCAUGUUAUUCCCUGACAGCAGACCACCAGAGAACUACAUGAUGGACUUUGAGGAAAUAAAUCUCACCGAUGAAAAGAAAAUGGCUUGUGAUGACUUUGAGGAGAUUGAGCUAUCAGAGAGCGAAGAGGAAGAAGAAGGGACCAUAACCAAGCAACAGGGGAGGGGUGCUACCUAUAGGAAUAUCCUGGACCCGUGGAAAGGAUUGAAUGAUGAGCUUCAGUACGGAACCAGGAGUUGUAAAUGUAACUGUCAUGAGAAGUCUCAAGACUCCCGGGUCCAGCGUAAAACAAGGCACUGCGCCUAUUGCUCAGCCAUGGUUACCAGAGCAGAGCUCAUCAGCUCCCUCCGUGGUCUAUGUCCCGGGCGGAGCCGGCCCCUACGAGACAGAUCAGUAAGCAGAAGGGGAGGAGGAGGACCUGGAGAGGGCAAGAGGCGAGGCAGGGGAUCAAAGAUGGCCGAUGCUGCGAAGGGAGAGGAAACCACGAACGAGGCUGUUAAUCAUCUCUCACAGAUGUGCGAUAAUUUGGCGGACUACCUCCAGGACAAUGCCUCGGCGACGGAAGACGAGGACGAUGUAGAGGACGAUGAGGAAGGUGGCGAUGAGGAUCAUGACGAUGACGAGGAAGAUGAUGAUGAAGAUGACCACGAUGAUGAUGACGAUGUGGAUAUCGGUGAAGAAGAUGAGGACGAAGAUGAAUUGGGUGUUGCUACCGGAGAUGACGACGACGAUGAUGAUGUUGCAGAUCAUGAGGAUGAUAUAGAAGGCCAUGAAGAUGAGGAGGAGGAAGAGGAAGAGGAGGAAGAGGAGGAUGUUGCAGAUGACAGAGACGAUGAAGACGACGAUGAUGAUGAAGGUGGAGUGAUAUCAGAGGAUGAUGCAGAUGAUGAGGCAGAGGAUGGAGGAGAGCUGAAUCACAUGACGUCUGGAGAGAGCACCGAUGAUCUAAACGGAGACCACUCACCUUGUACCAGCCAGGGCAGUAGAGAGACAAUGGACUCAGGAAAUAGUAACUCUGGAUCCCAGCUGAGCACAAGCCCUGCCUCCUCCCAUACUACCCUCCUGGGGUCAGGGGUCACCAUGGAUACAGACAGCCGCAGUCUCACAUGUUCACCCAUGGAAUUUCAGAAUACUCUAAAGGAUGAGGAAAAGGCCGUUGAUGCCAUCGUUGAUUCAGAAAAGGAAGGUGUUCCUGCAUCCGAUGUGGUGUCUGCAGAGCCCGAGAUCAAAACAAAGACUGCUCCAGAAGGGAUGGAGUCUGAAUCCACAGAUGGAAAGAUGACAGACGAACAAGGACUAGGCAGCGAUGCUAUUGCUUCUGCCAGAAGCGGAGUACAAGAGACUAAGAGGAGAGAGCAGGAGACUGAGAGGAGAGAGCAGGAGACUGAGAGGAGAGAACAGGAGACACCAGUUCCUGCAGGAGACAAGGAGAUGAUGGUAGAUGGAGGAGAACAGGAGGAGCCUAAUGAUGGAGACAAGGUAGAACAAGAAGGAGGAGGAGCAGCAGUAGAUCCUCAGCAAUCAUCUACUGGAGAGACCGAUGGAGCUUCGUCAGGGUCUACCUGGAACAGAGAUGCGGACAGGGUGUUGCUACAAGCCUGUCAGGAAAAAGGAGCCAGGGAGGAGACAUUCAUCAACGUGGCUUCUCAACUUACUGACAAAACACCCCAACAGGUCAAGGAAAGAUUUGCCAUCCUUAUGAAACUGUUCCACCACGACGAAGAGCCUAGCAAUGAUGAGGAUGAUGAGGAAGAGGAAAGUGAGGGGGAAGAAGAUGAAGAGGAAGAUGAGGAUGAUGGGGGUGAUCAAACAGAUAGCUGAUGAAAUCCAAUCACUACGGAAAGCCUAGCAACGAUGAGGAUGAUGAAGAGGGGGAGGAGGAAGAGGAGAUUGGGGGCAGUGAAACAGAAAGCUGAUGAAAUAGUGAGGAAUCUAAAAGCCCACUGCACUAUACGAUCAAACCAUGAUCUGAUCAAGGUCCUUAGAAUGGAAGACUUUGCAUAAGCAUUUCAUAUGAACAUUCAAACAUGUAAAAUCGUAAUGACGAAACCACAAACUUCCUUGUUUAAGAAUGAAAGCUAAUCAGAGGCAAAUUGUUGUGACCACCCAUGCAAUUGUCUCUGAUUUGAAGCCCAUAUAGCCUUCACUCUGACUAGAAUGCUUUAACAUGAAAACUGUGGUAAUUGGUAUUCAUAUUGUUAUUAGGUACCUUAGUCAUGAAGAUUAAAUUUGUUUAGAUUUCCAUAACUAUUGCAAUUGUGGUUUUUCACAAAAUCGGUUUGCAGUGGGUUUGUAUAGUGGGCAAAGGGCUUUAGGAUAUACCUGUGUGACCAUAUAGUUCUCCACCCAACCUUCAAAACAAAUUUUUCUUGCCUCUUGCCUUCAAAGCUGCUCAGAAAUCCAUCAGUUUUGUUUUCAAAUUUUGAAAUGUUAUCCAAUAAGUUGCCUAAAUUUGUUAUGAGUUGUGAUAUAAAGUGAGAAGAAUCCUCCGUUGUCAGGCUGUGAUUUAAGUGGAAAUAUUACUGGAUUUUUAUUUAAUCAUGAAGUCAAAGUUUAUGUUUUGGCUGUUUAAUUGACUUCCAUAGCCAGUUGAGAGGGAAAGUUAUGCCACCACUCCCUUCCUUUUCCCUUUAAUUGUUAAUCCUCUAUUGAUGCAGUCCCUCAGAGAAGAUUUUGAGCAGUAGGUCCCCUAGCGAGCAUGUACUUGGGUAGCAUCCUGGCUUUGUCACGUUGGACAUCAAUCAUUCUUCAGUCUGUUACAAGAAGUAUUCUCAUGCCUGUAUCAUGUAAACUCUUGUUAUAUACAGUGAAAAUAGAAAGGUGAACUCAUUUUAAUACAUACAUAGCUGAAAUACAUGUAAUAUGUAUAAAUAUUUAAGAAAUGUUUACGUUGUUGCUACCUUUUUUGUCCAAAAAACAUUGUUUAAGCUUGCCAGAAUAGUAUUACAUUUGAAUGCUUAGCUUGUAAAUCUAUUUUGGUCUGGAGAAGAUUUUAUAAUUUAUUAUCUGAAUUGUAUAUAUGUUCGUUUUUUUAGUAUUUUUGGUUUGAUAUGUUGUACAGAGAAGGGAGCUGAAUAACAUUUUCUUGAGAUAAUAAUGUGGUUUGAUGAUGAUUUACAGGAGUUUGAUGACGUUCGUGAUGAUCAUGGUUGUUGAGAAGUUAUUGAAUUCAGUUUGGAAUUUGUAUCAUACUGAGGCGUCUCUUACCAGACCAUCAAUAAUUUGAACUAAAAAUUGCAUAAUUACUUUCAAAGGACAAGAUAUUGUCUGUUAACAGUUGGUUACGAGUAAAUUUAUCAAUGUAACAGAGGAUGAGUAACUGUGCAUAUACUCACAUAUACAUCAUCAUCAUCAUCAUCAAUUAUUAAAGUCAGCAUUUCCCCCUUAACUUUACUUUUGUGCCAUGAUGACACUCACUCCCUCCACUUCUUCUUGUCUCAAGCAUCCUCCUCAUUUAGACCAACCUUCCUGCUUUCUUUCUUCACCAUAUCUUCCAUGUAUCAAUCACAUAAAAUUUGUUGGUAUUCAUGUAGAUAAUUAGAAAUCUUACAACUCAUAUCCUUAUUUAUGCUGUAAAUUGAGACAAGGAAUUCAUGUAUAUCUGCCUUUUUUGUGCAAUUUUAUUUGUAAUAUGGUAAUCAGCUGUAAAUAGUGUAUGCAUGUACAUAGCUGUAUUCGUCGAUGUUCCUGUAAAUACUGUACAUUUUUGUAUUUCUAAUCUUGCAGAAAGCAAAUAUAAACCUGAAAUUUUGUGAAACAUGGAA